AUGCACCGCGCGUCCAGGUCCGUCGGCCCGAGUAUGCUCGACAAAGUUGUCAACAGGACACGCCCGACCUACCUCCCACCGAAGCCCCGCGAAGAGGACGAUAGGCAUAUGGCCGACUGGGAGAUCAUGAUGAAGCGCAGCCGAGCAGCUGAGGAAAAAAGACGAAAGGCUUUGCAAGAGCGACGUCUCACGAGGGAGAGUCAGAUAGAAGAAUCACUCGUGCACUGGCAGCGAGAGAUCUUACCCAAUUGGCGUAUGGUAUAUAAAAAGCCGGCUCUUCGAAAGCUAUGGUGGAAAGGCAUCCCCUCGAAGCUGCGCGCCACAAUGUGGCAGAAUGCCGUGGGGAAUGGACUCGCUAUGAGCAAUGACGCCUUCAAACGAUGUGUGUCGCGCGUGAAUCGUGCCCUCUCCGCAGGCAGCUUCCCCAAACCGGUUCUCGAUCUCAUUGAAGAGGAUAUUGCCAGCACGUUGCCUUCACUACACCUCUUCGCACCGGAGCGGGGUCCGUUAUAUCAGGACCUGAAAGACAUGCUCUGCGCCUGGGUUGUUGCACGGUCCGACGAAGGUCUUGGUUACGUCAAGGGUGUAGCCAAGAUCGCAGCUAUGAUUCUACUAAAUAUGGCACCCUCACCCGGGUUCAUUGUCCUAAGAAACCUGCUCGAACGGCAUUGCCUGCGGUCGUUCUACGGAAGCGAGGCGUGCAGAGCCGAUGUAAGCUGGUCCGCAGCUUUUAGACUCGAAUCCAUGCUAACCUGCCCGCAGGUAGAAGCGUAUUACCGUAUAUUCGAUACCUUGCUUGCUGACGGCAUGCCUAAAAUCUACUUCAACUUUAAGCAACACCAAAUAUCGCCGGCAGCGUACCUCCCAACCUGGUUGAUCCCGCUAUUCUUGGAUCACCUGCCAUUUGAAGCAUGUGCUCGCCUGUGGGACAUCCUUCUCCUAGAGGGUGACUCGUUUCUAUUUCGAGCAUCAUUGGGAAUAUUAGCCGUGCUCGAGCCACGGUUGUUCUUCCCGGAUCGAAAGGAGCUAUUGGAACUGCUGAGAGGAGAGAACAGGGCCGCCAUGGAGGUAGCCAGACGUGAUGCUAGGGUGCUUACCGGCGCGAAAUACGAGAUUUACAACGUUGAUGAAGAGACGCUGUGGGAACGUCUCGACGCGAUGGAGGACUGGUGGCGAGAGAGCACAUGGACAAGACUUGUACAGAGAGAACUGCCGGAUUUGUAA